AUGGAGCGCCACCGGGCCCUGGUGCAGAAGAUCUCGUCGACGGUGCGGGCCUUCUACGCCGCAAAGGAGCCCUACCGCAUCUUCCACGGCAGCACCAACAGCACGCGGCCCCAGCCGCACGGAAGCCGCGCCCGCGUCGUCGACAUCUCGGCCCUGCGCGACGUGCUCUCGGUCGACGCGGCCCGCCGCACGGCGCUGGUGGAGCCCAACGUGCCCAUGGACCGGCUGGUCGAGACGACGCUCAAGCACGGGCUCGUCCCGCCCGUGGUCAUGGAGUUUCCCGGGAUAACCGCGGGCGGCGGGUUCGCGGGCACCGCGGGCGAGUCGUCGUCGUUCCGGCACGGCUUCUUCGACGACACCGUCGCGUCCGUGGAGCUCGUCCUCCCGGACGGCGAGGUCGUCACCGCCGCGAACCCCAACACCCCCUCCGGGGCGGACGGAAAAUACGCCGACCUGUUCCGCGGGGCCGCCGGCGCGGUGGGGACACUGGGCGUGACGACGCUGCUGGAGCUGAACCUCGUCCAGGCCAAGAAGUUCGUGCGCACGCGCUACCGCCGCACGGGCAGCGUCGCGGAGGCCGUCGCCGCCGUCAAAGAGGAGGCGGCCCGCGCCGAGAAUGACUACGUCGACGGGAUCCUCUUCUCCAAGGACCACGGCGUCGUCAUCACGGGCCAGAUGACGGACGAGAAGCCGGCCGCCGCGCCGGUGCGGACCUUCUCGCGCGCCCGCGAUCCCUGGUUCUACAUGCACGUACAGGAGCGCACGGCGUCACCAUCAUCAUCAUCGCCAUCAGAGACCACGACGACGACGACAACGCAGGGGGCCGAGGAUCAGGACGACGAGUACAUCCCCCUGGCAGAGUACCUCUUCCGCUACGACCGCGCCGGGUUCUGGGUCGGGCGCGCCGGGUGGACGUACUUCAAACUGGUCCCCUUCAACCGCCUGACGCGCUGGUUCCUCGACGACUUCCUGCACACGCGGAUGCUGUACCGCGCCCUGCACGGCUCGGGCGAGAGCGCGCGCUUCGUCGUGCAGGACAUCGCCGUCCCCUUCGCCACGGCCCCGGAGCUGGUCGACUACACGGCGGAGGAGCUGGGCAUCUGGCCGCUGUGGCUGUGCCCGCUGAGGCGGCGUGCCCCGCCGACGUUCCACCCGUUCACGACGACGCCGGGGGUGGCCAAGAAGGAGGAGGACGACAUGAUGCUCAACAUCGGCGUCUGGGGCUGGGGCCCCUCGGACCGCGGCGAGUUCGUGGCGGCGAACCGCGCCCUCGAGGCAAAGGUCCGCCAGCUGGGCGGCAUGAAGUGGCUGUACGCGCACACGUACUACGAAGAGCCCGAGUUUUGGGACAUGUACGGCGGCCGCGGGUGGUACGACUCGCUGCGCGCCAAGUACAAGGCCGACGAAGCUGGGCUGCCCAGUGUCUACGACAAGGUCAAGGUCAAGGUCGAGCCCAAGGCCGCCGCCGGGGGCGGGCUCAAGGGUGUGUGGCCGUUCGGGGGCAUCUAUGGCAUUUACAAGAGCAUCAAGAGCCGUGAUUAUAUGCUGCACAGAAAUGCUGGUUGGAAGUGGAGGGGGGAGGAAUGA